CCACAAAGAUCAAAACCUUGCGAUGCCCCCUUUAUUAGGGCGUACUCUCCAAGUAUAUAUUUGCCAGCCGACCCUCCGAAAUUUCAACUCUCGACCUCGUGCUUUUCCCUCUUCCAAACCCUAAGCAAAACCUAAUGGCAACUCCAUCUGGGCUUCUCCGUUGCACUAGGGCGCUCUUCGCCGUUGCCAGAUCCGCCACUCCGGUCGCCAACAUAUCUCCUUCCGCCACCAAAGUGGCCUCCUCCUCCGCCGCUUCGAAAAAGCCGAAGAGUUCGAAGGAAAAGAAGCCUUCCAACGCAGGGAUCACGAAGACGAUGCCUAUCUCUGCCACGCUCCAGAGCCUUGUUGGCGCACCGGAGGCUUCUCGUGCCGAGGUUGUUAAGAAAGUCUGGGAAUACAUCAAGCUCCACAAUCUUCAGAACCCAUCAAACAAGAAGGAGAUUUUGUGUGACGCUAAGCUCAAGAAACUGUUUGAUGGAAAGGAUAAAGUGGGGUUUCUCGAGAUUGGAAAGCUGCUUACCCCCCAUUUUAUCAAGUCUGGUUAACUGCUGAUUGUGUGGCAAUCUUUUCUCCUGUGGAUUAACGUCCUUUGCCCAAUGAACCUUUGAACUAUCUUUAAUUUGGUUGUCGUGUUGCGAACAAGUUUUUAAGUUUCCUAUGUUUUGGUGAACUGGCCACUUAUCUUCGUAGGUUGACUUUGUUUAGGGAAUGUUUAGGAAGUGUUUUGCCAGCUUGUGCCUUUUGCGUCUCAUUUGGAUCUUUUUCUUCUCGUUUGGAAAUAUUUAGGAUGAUGACUUGUUUAUGGUAUUUGCUUUUUGUUCACAUGCUCUCUCUCUCUCAUGUAGUUGAAAGCUUUUAUCGAGUGCAAAUCAACUGUGAUGUGAAUAUAAUAUACAAUUUACCCGACCACCAUUGUAGUCCUCGCUGGUGACCUCAUUUCCAAGUGAAUAACAUUUAAGCAUUUGCAUCUGCUAAAGAUGGUGAGAUGGUGAUCGGUUGACCAAAGGGUAAU